AUGAAUUCAGAAUUGAAGAUUACUUAAUUAUUCUCUCCAAGACAAGAUAAUGUAGAUUCUAAUUAGAAACUUAGGCCAACUGAAUAAAAAGAUAGAAUUAGAAAAUUCAAAACUGAAGAUUUUUCUCUUAAAAGAAAAUUACAAAAUUAAACCUUUUUUGGAAAAUUUAAGGUAAUAUGUAAAGGAAUACAGUAAUACAUCUAUGUUUUAAUGGAAGAUCCUAAUUCUUCAAUUAUAGCUUAUGCAAUAUAAAUCUUAUUAUUGACUAGUAUUUUACUUUCAUGCAUAGCAAUUAUUGUUGAUUCAUUAAUGGAAAACGGUAUAUAAAUAUAUCUAUUUCUAAUAGAGAAUAAUUAAGAAUACGAUAAUAUCUCAUUAUAUUUAGAGUAUUACUUAUUUAUAUUCUUUGGUUCAGAAUACUUAUUAAGAAUGUUUAGUUGUACAGCAUUUGAUUCUACUUUGUCUCAAUUCUUAUUGUCUCCAUUAAAUAUAAUUGAUUUAUUUGCAAUCACUCCAUUUCUAUUUAAUUUGAUAUUUGAAGGUGCAAAUCUCUCUGGAUUAAGAGUUAUAAGAAUAAUCAGAUUCAUGAGAGUAUUUCGAUUAUUUAAAUUAUCCCGUUAUAUUAAAGACAUGUUAAUUAUUGUAAUUAUUUUAUCACUUAAAAAAGGUAGAUACUGUAAAGAAUUCACUUAAAGACAUAUUAAUAUUAAUAACCAUGUUUUUUUUUCUUGUGUUAUUUUUUUCAAUUAUUGUCUAUUAUCUUGAAUAUGAUGAAAACAUAGAAGUAAAUGAUGAUAAAAAAAUACAUUCUAUAUCAGAAGCUAUUUGGUGGUGUAUUGCUACUAUGACUACUGUUGGAUAUGGAGAUAAAUUACCAAUCAGUCUCACAGGUAAAUUUAUUGCUUGUACUGCUGCAUUCUUUGGAAUCACAUCUAUUUCAUUGUAAUUUAUUUAUUUUUAUUAAAUUCAAGACCUGUUGCUAUUAUGAGUAUGAAUCUAUCAUAAACUUUAAAAAAUUAACAAGAAAAUAAUGAAAUUAAAAAAAUUAAAGAAUAAUUUGCAGUUGAAGAUUCUUAUCAAAAUUUAUAAGAUUAAUAAACAUUAAACUUUAAAGAAUUGAAGUUUAUGGAAUAAAGAUUAGAAUAGUUAUUAGACAAUAAUUAAAAAGUUAUGGAAUUUGUAGAAUAAUCUUAAGCUUUAUUUGAUGAAGUUACUUAAGAUUUAAUGAGUCUCUAUUCUGCACUAACUGAAUAAAUUGAUUUACAUAUUGAAACUAAAAUGAAAACUCUUAAAGCAAAGCAUCGUGUAAUUAGUAUUUAUUAAAUAAGAUUAUGAAAAUGGAGAAAAAUAUUAAUUAAAAGAAAUCAAUAGAAUUAAGUUAAGUUGUUAAAGCUUUUAAAGAAAAAUAAUAAAUUAUAUCUUAAGGAUCUAUUUUAAUGUGUGAAGAAAGUUAAGCAGAUCUUUAUAGUAUUGCUAGCAAAUAAAGUAAAUCAUUUAUGCUCAGAAAAAGUUAAAAAUUGUAAACUAAAAACAAUAGAGGCUCAUAUAUGUGUAUCAUUAAUAAUAACAAUAAUAAUAAUAAUAAUAAUAUUAAUAAUAGUGUUCAUAAUCCUUUUAAAACUUAAACAGAUAUUAAUGAUUAUCCUGAUCAUCAUAAUAAUAGCAUCAUCUAUGCUUAAAUUAGUUCUAAAAAUUCUGUAAUUUAGAAUGACGUAUUACAAAAUAUGAAAGGAAAUGCAGAAUUUAAAUUUAAUUUAUAAGAUUCAAGUGGAAAUAUUGAUGAUGAAAGCAAUAAUAAUGAAAAUGAUUUAGAUAGUAAAAUGCAAAGUAUCUAAAAUAUUUAGGAUUUCAAAUUGAAAAACAUAAUAAAAAAUAAUAUUAUUUGA